AUGGACGAGAAGAACACAGCAGAAGGUUCGGAGUAGGUGGUGAUCUUUGAAGAAAAAAUCACUAAAGUUAAUGGAGAAGUGGCAAUAAAAAGAUACUAGAGAGGCAAGUUUUUAGGAAAGGGUGGUUUUGCUAAGUGUUACGAGGCAACAAAUUUAGAGACAAAGAAAGUGUUGGCAGCCAAGAUAAUAGCUAAAAGCAGUUUAACUAAGAAUAGAGCUCGUUAAAAGCUUAUUUCUGAAAUUAAAAUACACAAAAGUUUGCAAAAUACUAAUAUCGUACAAUUCGAGCACGUAUUCGAGGAUCACGAAAAUGUAUACAUUCUUUUGGAGUUGUGUUCUAAUCAAACUCUAAAUGAAUUAAUAAAACGACGCAAAAGACUAACAGAAAUAGAGGUGUAAUGUUACGUUGCAUAGAUAAUUAACGCACUCAAAUACUUACAUGCCACUAAUGUGAUUCAUAGAGAUCUCAAAUUAGGAAAUCUAUUCCUCAACAAAUCUAUGGAAUUGAAGCUGGGCGAUUUCGGUUUGGCAACUAAAUUGGAAUUCGAAGGAGAGAAAAAAAGAACUAUUUGUGGAACACCCAAUUACAUUGCCCCAGAAGUCUUGGAUGGAAAGGUUGGUCACUCUUUCGAAGUUGAUGUCUGGUCUUUGGGAGUUAUAAUCUAUGCAAUGCUUAUUGGAAAACCUCCCUUUGAAACACCAGAUGUCAAAACCACCUAUAGGAAAAUCAGAUUGAAUUCAUACACUUUUCCAGAACACGUUCUCAUCUCUGAUGCAGCCAAGAAUCUCAUUACUAGAAUUCUGAAUUUAGAUCCAGUGAAACGACCAACUUUAGAUGAAAUCAUGUCUCAUCCAUUCAUGAAUACAGGUGGCUCUAUUCCAAAGACUCUUCCACUUUCUACUCUUGCUUGUCCUCCUUCAGCAUCCUACAAUAAACAAUUCUAACCAUCCACAAAUUCAAGCAGUCUAAAAAUGUCAGUAAAUGCCAUGCCUCAAAGAUUGACUGAAACCACCCCAAACAAUUAGAAAAAUCAAUAACGACCUGGCAAUGGUUCUUCUGAUCGUUUCCCAUUGUAGAAACCCAGUUCUAGUGGAAAUAUUUUAGAAGAUAACUUUGGUUCCAGCGGGUUAAAUAAUGCUCAGAAUGCCGGUUAUGGAGGAGCUCAAAGACCUCAAUCCCAGAAACCCAAUGACAUCAGAAGUAGUCAAAGUCAAAAGACUCUUACUACUCCUUUUGGUGGUACUGGAAUGCAAGGAACUCAUUCUGUUAAUAAUCUUGGCUAAAGAGCACCACAAUAAAAAUAAGAGAUUUACGUUAAAAAGUGGGUAGACUAUUCCAGCAAAUAUGGAUUGGGAUAUCUCUUAAGCAAUAGUGCCACAGGAGUGUUCUUCAAUGAUUCUACUAAAAUUAUACUAGAUACUAAAUCACUACAAUUUGAAUACAUGGAAAGAAAAGGAACUGACAGACAGGAUAUUUGUGAAUCCCAUAAUUUAAAUGAUUAUCCCAGAGAACUAUAAAAGAAAGUCACUUUACUUCAACAUUUCAGAAACUAUCUUGAAGGCGAAUAAAACAGAUCCGAUAUGGCAGUAGAAGAAUAUGACAGUAAAUAAGUAGUCUAUGUUAAAAAAUGGAUGAAAACAAAACAUGCUAUCAUGUUUAGAUUAUCCAAUAAAAUUGUCUAAGUUAAUUUCACUGAUAAGACUGAAAUCAUAUUAUCAUCAGAACAUAAGAUGGUCACUUAUGUAAACAAAAAUGGAGAAAGAAGCCAUUAUCCUUUAGCCACUGCUCUUGAUAGUUAAAAUACAGAAAUGGCCAAAAGACUUAAGUAUACUAAAGAAAUCUUGACUCACAUGCUCAAUGGUGGUCACACAGGAGAUCAAAGACCUAACUAAAUGACUGGAAACAAAUUGGUAAAACUCUGGACCUUGAAACGAUUAUUUAAAUAUAAAUAAAUAAGUGCAUCCAAAUUAACAAUUUUUCCAUUAUCCAAUUGUUCUAUCUAUUCAGGAAGUCUACAUCAAUAACAGAUGUACAUUUGCUCGUUAUCCCUUAUUUCAUAAUUUAGAACAUUCAAAUCACUUUGGGUCACAUAGCUUAAGAAUUCAUUUAUAAUUAAAUUAAAAUCUUAAUUAAAGAAUUUAAUCGAAUUCAACGCUAAACUUACAGAAUUUUGA